GCAUCAAGGGUUACAGCCCUUAUUGACAGCCCUGAAUUGUACACUGUUCAACAAAAACAAACCCUAAUUGUUGAGUUGUUAUGAUCUAGCCGCCAUCUUAAUCAUGAUUUACAGUGAUCAUGACAAGUGUGACUCUCUUUUGUUCUAAACUGAUCUGCUCUGCUACAUAACACUAGGUAUUGGAACCUCUGUAUAACAAGGAAUUUUGUGCCCAUUUGUGUUACUAUUGUGUUGUAAAAUUAACAAGGCAGCACAAGCAACUAUCUUAAGUUGCAAACUUCUGUAAAUAAGUAAAUAAAUUAAUUAAUUAAUAACCACACAAACAAACAAACAAACAAAUAAAUAGAUAAAUAUUUAACCCUAUAUCCGAGGGCAAAAUUGCUCCUUUAACUUUUUUGCAAAAGGCUGCAAUAAUAAUAGUGAUAUCCCUUGUUCUUUCAAAUUGAUCCAAAAAAGUAUCCCUCUUUCAUUUGAACUAAAUGACGAUGUUCCUUUGUUUCCCAAAACCUUUGGGAAGCCCCUUUGACGCGAAAGUCCAUCUGAAUACAUUAUUGAGUAGAAUUUUUGUUCAUUUGACUAUUCUCUAACUUGUUUUCUAUUGUUGCUGGCGUAACUGUGAUAAAUGUUGAUGAUUGUUUUUUUUUAUUAUUAUUAUUUUGAUUCUGGUUUAGUUCUCGGCCUUGAUGACAAGAUAGGGAAUUUUGAGGUCGGUAAAGACUUUGAUGCUUUAGUUAUUGACUCUGAUGCCCCGGAUGCACCGUUUGAUCGUUUUAAUGCAGAUGAUUCAAAGGAUAUAGUUCAAAAGUUUCUUUUCCUUGGUGACGACCGAAAUAUUCAACAAGUGUACGUGGCUGGAAAACUUGUUUCAGGACGAGAUGUCGUCACAAAGAGUCCACCAGAAUACAUAGAAAUUGAUUAGAUAUUGGAAUACGCUAUAGUACCCGUCCAGAACCGGGACAGAUACAGAGGGAGGUACAGAGCGGGGGGGAGGGUACAAAGGGAAAUACAUGGGGAUACGAGAAGAGACUACAAACUUGAUUACAUCACGACUGUCAGUGAUCGUUUAAGAUGAUUCUCCCUCUGCUUCCUGAUUGAUGCACGAUGUAAUUGUUGUAGUUAUAAAUUUGUAAGUCUCAUGUGGUCAAAGUAGUAUUUUGGUAGCUAUUGUGUAAAUUUAAUCCAUGAAUCGAGCCGAAAACCAAACGAAAAAUUCGCAAUGCCUGCGGACCUGACAAGAGAAGAUAAAGAGGGAUAGGGUAUUCAGUCCUCUCGUGAAUAAUGUUACCACGCGCGGUGCGUGGGUGGUGCGUGGAUGUUUACUCGGAGGAUGACAAUACGUGCAAGGUGCUCAGGCAGUUCGGCUGCGUGAGUAACAUUUGCGUCACAGGAUUACCAAUUUCUAGACCUCUCUGGAAUUUCUAAGGCCUGGGGUGAUCUAAAAAUAACUUGAAAGAAAUCGCGUUUCUUUGGGUUUGGCAAAUAUGUUAUGGUAUUUUGUCUUGGUGGAAACAUAUUGAUGCAACGCAACGUUUCUGUUGAAAUUUACAAACUGAGGAAUAAAGAGUGCAAAUUUGUUCAAAGCGCGUGCAAGUUGUUUGUUUCCAGACCAGCCCCUCAAGGGACGUUAUUUCUUUGGUUAAUGGCCCCUUAAUACAUCCACAAGCAAGUUCCUUCAAAAAGGGACCUUGAUCAGAAGCGCCAACAAAGAGUCGAAAAGAGCAUGUUCUCCAUUGUGCGACAGGCAUGCAUUCGUUAAUACCUUCGUUUCUUUCAUCACUUUGGUUUACUGACGUGAGAUGACGAAUCCUUCCAUCUUUGUUUUGGAGAUGAGAUGGCUCUUUGACUCUAAUGUUGAACAUAUAAGAAGCAGUUAGUGUUGUGAGGUUAUCCGUCCGGUUUUGACGGAAGAAAGUGCAACUAUGAUAAGUAGCUCUAUGGUAAAUUCUAACAGUAUAUUGCAAAAGCAUAGAACUUAACAAAACAAGAGAUAAUGAUGUAAUAAAAAAAAGGGGCAUGCAAGUCAAGGUACAUUGGUCUGAUUUUGUUAAAAGAUUAUUGCGUACAUCUGAACAUUGUAAAUAAGUAAACUUCGUCAACUGAAUAUUAACAAAAUG